AUGCGAAUCAACAGCGAAGUAGCAAACAAGUUUUCUGCUUCAACAGUCCACUUAGAGCAUAUCACCACAGCCUUGAGUUGUUUGACACCUUUUGGUUCCAAAGACGACGUGCUCAUAUUCAUUGACGCCGAUGGCUUAUCAUUUGUCAGAGAGAACAAUCAUAUUGUAAAAAUUCAGUUGCUACUAUCUCGAGAACUUUUUAUGUCUUACUCAUAUAGAAAUGAAACUGAGGACCAUAUGAAACUAUGUGUAAAAAUAAACCAUAUUUUAGAUAGUGUUAGCGUGAUGAAUAGGAAUUCAGAUGACAUUGUCGAGUGUACUUUAUCGUAUGACGGACAUGGGUCACCAUUUGUGCUGAUAUUUGAGGAUUCACUCAUUUCUGAGAGAGUUGAAUAUUCUACCUACCUUAUUAAAGAUUUCGAUACUAACGGACUAGACCUUGAUAGGGAAAGGAUAAGCUUUGAAGCAAUUAUUAAGGGCGAAGCUCUUUAUUCAGCCUUAAAGGACUUGAAAGAAAUUGGUUGCAAAGAAUGUUAUGUGUAUGCGAAGACUGAGGUAAACGAUGAGAAUGUAUUUGCAUUAAUUUCCAAAUCACAACUAGGAUACUCAAAGAUAAAAUUACCCAGUAACAGGUCUAUUCUAGAGAAAUUACAAGUAUUUGGCGGAGACUCCACAACUGUACUAGACGGUUCUGCCGUAGUCGGCUUCUUUGAUUUUACUUCAUUUGAUAAGAUCAGAAAGAGUACUAAGAUCGCAAGCAAAGUGCUUUUUAGAAUGGAUAUCCAUGGUGUACUAAGUGUAAAUAUCCUAAGCCAAACAGACGAUGUAAUUAUUACAGAUACCACAAGACCCUCGAAUAGCCGAUCAGGUAAUGUUCACCAACUGCAACUACCGAAGGAUUACCCCGGUAUUGUUAUCGAGGUUUGUAUGUUGGAAAAAGAAUCCAUCGAUGAGGCAGCACAGACAGAAAUAGAACUGUUGAUGGAGAGUAAUGAACUUGGUAAUUGUAGCAAUCCCAAGAAAUUCAACACGAACAAAAAGUAUGCGACUGAAAAUAGAAAUAAUGAAGCCUCCAAUGACAAUUUACUGCAAUUAAAUGGUAAAAGAAUAAAAGCACCAACUGAAGAUAAUAAUGAGAGUAAGAACGAGGGCGAUGAAGACAACCAUUACACAUAUCCAGCAAACGAUAUUCCUUUGUUCUUUUGA